AUGCCGCCUUUGAACCUCGCAUCACAGAAAGCCAUCUCGCGGUUAAGAAACUACGUUCCGCCACCAACGAGCUAUGAUUCUGUGCCGUUGUCGAGACGGGCUGCGGUGCUGGUGCUGCUUUAUGCGGACCAGAGGGGGGAGUUGAGGGUUGUGUUGACGAUGAGGGCGGCGACGUUGAGUUCGUAUGCUGGACAGGCUGCUUUGCCGGGUGCAGGAAAAGCCGAUACUUUGGAAGAAACGCCCUUUCAGACGGCUCGACGCGAAGCCAAAGAGGAGAUCGGGCUUCCUGACACCAACCAGAAACUUCCGCAGCCUUUCACGGUCGAGCAUCUCUGCGAGUUCCCGGCCAAUUUGGCACGAACGGAACUGGUAGUUCGGCCGUGUGUGGCGCUUUUGCAUUCUUUCGAUGAAAGGACGGGCGAGAAUGCCGAUCCUGAGGUUUCCCUGAUCCCGAGGUUGGAUGCGCGGGAGGUGGCUGCGGUGUUUACGGCGCCGUUUAGGAAUUUUUUGCGGAGCAGGGAUGAAGAGGAUUGGGGAGGGGAUCCGGUGGAUUGGUAUAAGGGGGCUUGGACAGAGUGGCAUCAGUCGGAUUGGCGGAUGCAUCAGUUUUUCGUCCCUGUUCGGCCUAAAGAGGUGGUCAAGCCGAAGGAAGGGACCAGGGAGCAGAAACAGACGAUCAGUCAAUUGGAGGAACAGGAGAAGGCCGAGCAGGUGAUCCGCUACCGGGUGUUUGGGAUGACGGCACGAAUGCUGGUGGAUGUGGCGCGGGUUGCGUAUGCAGAGGAGCCCGAGUUUGAGCACAACAGCCACUUCGGAGAUGAGGCGAUUAUUGCGCAGUUGCGGAAGAUGGGCCGCUUAAGUCCGAUUCGGAGAAAAGGGGAUCAGUUGACGAGGGAGGAUACGAGGUUGGCGGCGAAGCUUAGUUGA